AUGCUCCCACCAUCGUGCAAACGAUUCUUCAUCAUGGCAGACGUGUCGGCACCCGCUCCUGUUUCGCAGAACCGACGGGUGCUAUCCAUCCAAUCACAUGUUGUGUACGGCUACGUGGGUCAGUAUACGGUGGAGUUGGCAGCAACGUUUCCCCUUCAAAUUUUGGGCUUUGAUGUGGAUCCUCUGAAUUCAGUUCAUUUUUCAAACCAUGGCGGUUAUCCAACAGUGACGGGGGAGCGGCUUGAGGGAGCGCAAGUGGCCAAGAUUGUCCAAGGAUUAGAGGCUAAUGGGAUUCUACAAGAAUACUCGCAUCUGCUGACAGGCUAUAUUGGCCGAGCCUCAACCUUGGAAGUUGUCUCAGAUUUGGUGAAGAAGCUACGGGCAGCAAAUCCAGCGUUAAAGUUUGUUUUGGAUCCUGUAAUGGGUGAUGAUGGCAGGUUGUAUGUAUCUGCGGAGGUCGUACCGAUUUACCGGGACGUGUUAUGUCCAUUAGCAGAUGUCAUAACUCCCAAUGGGUUUGAGACGAGCCUUCUUACUGGCGUAAAUGUGACAUCGACGCAAACCGCCAUCGACGCGUGCGAGAAGCUUCAUGAGAUAGGAGUUCCCACCGUCAUCAUCACCUCCGCCGAGUUACAGGACCGAAACGAUCAAGGAACCUCGGACGUCCUCCAUCUCAUCGCCUCCCAUCGGCCCUCGUCAGCACGCUUUGUCAUUCCAUUCCAAAAAAUCAGCGGGGUUUUCACUGGAACAGGCGACCUCUUUGCAGCGUUAAUACUAGCUCACCUUGCAGACGUACCUCAAAAUACAGACGAAACAGCGUAUCUUAAGCGAGCCUGCGAACGAGCAGUGGCGUGUAUGCAAGGGGUGUUGAAGAAGACGGUUGAGCGAAAUGAAGAGAAGGCGAGGAGGAUGGGGUUAGGCGAAUCUUCUGAUAAGGCAACUUUUUUGAGAUGCCACGAACUGGCUAUUGUCCAAGCCAGAGUGUGGUUGGAGAAUCCAAAGGCAGUGUGUCGGGCAACGGAUAUUUAA